AUGGCAUACAUGGUUUAUGGUACGGUUCCCGGUUUCUGUCUAAAUCUCGGGCUUGACGAGUCCGAGUGGGCGAUGGGCAACGGGAGUGUCGGGGCUAGCCAUCAGCUCCUGCGCUUUCGCAGCCUGUCGCUCGCGUCGCUCGGCGAGGUGCCGGCCCCGCUCUGGGGUCGCGCCGACCUGGGCGACGCGGGUCUUUAUGGCCCCUCUGGUCCUUGGUUGCUCGCUCAGGUGGUCUACUUCCUUGUCCUCUUGUGCAUGGCAUCCAAGGUCCUCGCGCGGUUGGGUCUUCGCCGCGCAACAACUCUGGUUCUGCGCGCUGGUCUUCUGUCUGGGACGACUUCAUUGUCAGUUCUCGGGAUGAUCUGCGUGCCGUCCGUGGUACUGGACUGGUCGCUGCUUGUGUCUUUGGUCUGGGUUGGGGUGCAUGUCUCCGUGUCUGGUACGCGUGGUAGCGGUACAUCCAAUCCUUGGGUCUGCUCUCUGGUGUUCUGGUUCCUCGUCCUCUGUGUCGGCGGAGCCUCCACUGUCGGGCUUGUCAAGACCUCAAGACCUCAAUCUAUGCAGCAACGCGGCCUUGGGCGACUCGUGUUCUGGAUGUGCGGCCCUGUUUCGGUGUUCUGGAUCAAUGCCAUGUUGCGGUACUCAUGGAGCCGGUCUAUCGGACGUCGCCGGUCGGCGUCUGGUUCUCUCGAUCCUUGGAUGCAUUUGGCAUUAUCUCCAUCGGAACUGGGUCGCCUUGGACGCGAGGGUUUUUGGCAGCAACUGUCCCGACUGGCAGGCUACGGCAAGAAGACGAUGUUCAUUGCCCGUCUAGUGGUCCUGUGGGUUGUCAACUUCACGAACAUAUUCUGGCUUGUGGUGCUCUUCGAUGGCGGGCUCAUACCAUGGGGGGCUGUCUACAUCCCUUGGUACAUGGGCUACGGCUUUGCAUCGUCUAGCGUGGUGUAUACUGGGCUUUGGGCGGGUGAGAAGUCGGUCCGCCGUUGCUGUGCGACGCGGAGUGACCUUGCCCCGUCUCCAUCGUAUUCUACAUCGUCGGACGAUGAGUCUGGCUGGUCAAGCGAGUCGGACUGGUCGUGUGGUUCAGAGUCUGAGGACGAGGAAAACCUCAACUCGCCGCACAAGGGAAAGCAACCAGCAAGCAUCGGAUGGGCCUACGCUUCCGGCACUAGCGAAGGCGCUAUCGGCGCUGAGGCAUCGGGCUCCGGUCUCAGCUACGUGGACAAGCUCGGUGUGGUGGACCACAAGAGCGCGGUCAACAAGGCAGCGGAUGCGACGGCCGUUGACGACGGGUCUAUCGCGGUGCACGCGCCCUCGGUUGCUGUGGUCGUGGAUGCUCGGGUGACGAAGCUCGAGGAGGCUCUCGCCGCUGCACACCGUCAACAUGAGCGCAACAAAGCCGUUAUCGAGGAACGCGAGGCGCGCAACCGCAAGCUUGUGAUGCAGCUUCCAGCCAUCCGUCAAGCCGCUGCACAGGCCGAGGAGAAGGCGUCCGCCGCGCGUCAAGAUGGCAAGGAGAAGUCUCGACGGGUGCAAGAGCUCGAGGCGCACAUUGCUGUGAUCAAAGCCGCUCAGAAGGAGGCCGCUCAGCGCUUCCAGAAGGAGAAGGCGGCGUUCGAGGCGUCGCUGGAUAUCCUUCGUCGUGAGGGUGACGAUCGAAUUCGCGCUUUGAAGGUGACGGUCGAGUGUGCCCGGAAGACGUCCGGCGACAAGAGUAGAGAGUUUGAGGAGCUUGAGGAGAGUCUGAAGCAGGCGGAGAGCGAGCGUGACAGUACGCGUGAGCGGCUGCAGCGCGAGAAGGAGGCGCUUCAGACUGAGGCGAAGCUGGCCCGAGAGGAAUUGGCGUCGAAGGAGCACGCGGAACAGCAGCUCGAUGUGGUCAUCGAGCGGCUUCGCGAGGACAUUGCACGGACUCGGCGCGAGCGCGACUCUGAGGUUGCAGGGCCCGCGAACCAGGAGAAGGCACUGAAGGCCGAUCUGGACGACAGGUCUUCUCAACUUGAGAUCACUCGGGCCGCGCUGCAGUCUGCGGAAGAGGACCUCAAGAAGUCCAAGGCACUCUGCGCGGAUCUCGAGCAGUCCGUGAGCCAGGACCGAGCGGACAAGGAGGCUCUGGAGGUGGCGUUACGAGAGGCAAAGGCUGAACUCGAGGCCAUCUCUACGACGCGCCGUGCGAAGGCCGUGGAGGUCCUCGGGCUUAUGCGGUCUUGCAAGGAGCUCGCGGAGCAGAUGGACGCUGUCAAGGGUAGCGCAGAGUUCCAGCGCGUGGAGGCACACUUCGCACAGCAGACGUUCGAGGAGGAGGUCAAAGACCUCGAGAUCAAGCUUGCUGCAUCGACUGGUCAGACUGAGCAGCUCAACGCGGACCUCAAGAAGGUGCGAGAACUCAGGAGCAAGAAUGCCGUUUGCAAGCAGGAGAUAAACGCAGCUAAGGAGCACAACGCGGAACUCGAGCGUCGGAACGCAGAGCUCGAGGCGCAUGCCGCUUGUCUCGAGGAGAAGCGUACUCGCCUCCAGGAACUGGACUCCGGUGUCAAGGCUGAGAAGGCCCAGCUCGAGACUCAGCGGGCGCAGUUGGACAAUGACAAGCGCAAGGCCGAGGAGGACUUCUCUGCGAAGGAGCUCCAAGAGCAGCUUCCGCAAAUGAUGGACGACAUUGUGGCCGCACAACACGAGGAGCUCCAGCGUGACGAGGAAGACAUCCUCGAUGAGCAUGCUGACUCCGCGUUGGAAGACCUCUGCGAUGAUGCGGACAUGGAGGCCGCUGACGACUCUGAUGCUCUUUGGUCGGAGGAGUACGACAUCAGCGCGACGAUGGUCUUUAACUUCACUGCCGACGACGUGGAGACGUCUGAGCCUGAGGAGGGUGACUCGGUGGAGCUCGAGGAUGUGGUCUUGGACGACACCGGUGCUGGUUCGAGCAGCACUAAACAGUUUAAGAAGAAACCUAGGAAGCUGAAUGAUCCGUACUGUGCGGGCGGACCUGAGGUAGGCUAUGAAGAGACUCGUGAGGACUUUAGAGUUGCGAUUAUCAGCGGUGAGGUGCACGACAGGACCCCGGGAUCACUCUAG